GACGGCGCGCCAGGCGAAGCGCGCGCGUUCGGAAAGAUCUGGCUAUGCCAGAUAUUUUUACACGCGCCGGAAGUUGCUCCCUCGGCAGCAGCCAAUCAAACGCCGCUGCUGCGGGCUUCCGCUCCUCUUGUCUCUCAGCCGCAAUGGCCGCCCUCUGCAAGUUGUCGGCGAUGGCGAUCGAAAACGAAAAACUAAUCUCUUGUGUGGCCAGCCGGACGUCCUUGUGGCUGGCCACGCACAAGGACCACAAGAAUCGGCAAGUGAAAGAGGCCCUGUGGAAAGAAGUGGGUCAAAUAAUGUAUCAGGGGAAGGCCAGCAAAGGUACGUACGGCGCGUCUCCGCCGGCUUGACAGGUUGUGUUGAAAGCAGUGGCUGAUAUUUCAUUUCGUCUACGCAGAGUGCAUCACUGCGCUGCAAAAGCGCUGGAAGUUUUUGCGGGACAAGUUCCGAAGGCUGUUCGUGCUAGCCCAGAAAAAAAAGAAAAGCGGCAUGGGCACGGAAGACGCCGACACCGAAGAUGAGGGCGAUGAAGGGAACCCGCCUGCCGACAGUCCAGUGCAGCCGGAUUCGUGGCCCUUUUACGAGCAGCUGUUGUUCCUGCGCGACACCAUGACCUUCCGAGAGACUUCUGGAAAUUUCGAGUCCCAGAGGAAACAAAGAAAGGAUGUUCAACAGGUGGCACGGCAGGAGACCCCGGAAACCCUUUUUAGAGAUAUGUGUCCCAGCCAGUUUGACACCAUCGAGUUAAAUCAGACUGAUGACCCCGUCGAUCUCUAUCCAGCGCCGGCGGUGUCAGUUGAGUGUAGUCCGUCGCUACUGGAACCAGGAAUGUCAUCCCUUGAAGCGACGCAGUCAAGUGAGUCGGCACCAUCACCGCUGGGAACUGCGUCAGCGCUUGGGUUGGCGGCAACGUCACUGGAAAGCCAGGGGUCCAGCCUUGCCAGCAUGUCUGUGAUGCAGCCACCCAAAAAAAGACAAAAGAAAGACGACAAUGACAGUUUGCUUGUAGAGCACCUUGGAAAACUUACAAACAGUCUAGAGGACCAGGACGACCAUCAUUAUUUUGCAUUGUCGCUUGUGAAAUCAAUGAGAAAAGUAAAAGAGGAAGACCACUUGCGCAUGCGCAUGAAGAUUCUGGAAGUGAUCCAGCAAUUUAACAGUAGCUGA